AUGAAUACAGGGGCUACAGGAGGAGAAGUCGCAGCAGAAGCAGGGACAAAUAUUAUGGAAGGGACAGUGAAAGUAGGAGUAGGUUUACAGACUAAGGAAGUAAUUUUUGAUCAUUUUCAUGCUACUGCUUUCCAGUACACCCCUCUUGGUAUUCUUGGACCUUUGGAAAUCAUUCAAAAGAUAACUAAGAAAGAUAUGAAAAAUUAUAUCUCAACCCACUACGUUGUUCACAGAAUUGUGACAUCUGCAUUUGAUGGAACUCGUUUGUCUAAAUGGGAAGAACCAAAUGGUGCAAAAAGGGUAUUGCUUUUGAUUUACUUUUCUCAUCCUCGGCUUCAAAGCGAGGCAAAAAAUACAGUAAGUUAA